AUGAUACUAAAUUUCUUUGACCAAUUCAUAAGCCCAGUACUCCUAGGUAUCCCCUUAAUUGCCUUAGCCCUUCUACUACCAUGAAUUCUAUUCCCUAACCCCGCUGCCCGAUGAAUCAACAACCGCUUAAUCACCUUGCAGGGGUGAUCAAUUAGCCAGGCCACACACCAGCUUUUCACACCCUUAAAUCAAGGGGGCCACAAGUGAGCCACCCUUUUAAUUUCUUUAAUGAUUUUCUUAAUUUCACUUAAUCUGCUCGGCUUACUCCCUUAUACUUUUACCCCUACAACGCAACUCUCACUAAACAUGGCCUUUGCCGUCCCCCUUUGAUUGGCCACAGUGAUUGUUGGCCUACGAAACCAACCAACCAUUGCACUGGGCCACCUUCUCCCUGAAGGGACGCCCCUUCCCCUAAUCCCUGUCCUUAUUAUUAUCGAAACAAUCAGCCUUUUUAUUCGACCCCUUGCCUUGGGCGUUCGACUAACUGCUAAUCUUACGGCAGGACACCUAUUAAUUCAACUCAUCGCCACGGCAGUCUUUGUUCUCCUCCCCCUUAUGCCCACCGUUGCCAUCCUCACCGCCUCUGUCCUGUUUCUUCUUACACUUCUUGAAGUGGCCGUUGCCAUAAUUCAAGCCUACGUCUUUAUUCUCCUAUUAAGCCUUUAUUUACAAGAAAACGUUU